AUGGCCAAUCCAGCCGAUAGGGCGGCGCCGUGGGUGGAUCUUCCGCGGGAUUUAACGGCAAACGUUCUGCAAAGGCUGAGUGUGGAGGAUAUUUUCCAGAGCGUACUGCCUGGUAAAGAACAGGAGUGGGAUGAAAUUUGCAGAGAAGUAGUGAAUCGCAGUGAGGGGCAACUUAUUUCCAUCAAACUAGGCUAUUUUGCUACUGAAGAUCUGCUCUUCUUCAUUGCUCAGCGAGCAAAACAGCUGAGGCAUCUUGUUAUUAGGUCCAGCCAUGUUUCUGAUGAAGCUUUUAGUAAAGCUGUUAAUGAGUUUCCACUUUUGGAGGAGCUACAACUUGAACACUGUGCCAUUUCUAAACAAGGAAUUGAAGCUGCUGGACAGUCUUUCCCUUUCCUUAACUCAUUUUCCUUUUUCAAGCUAAGUGAAUACAAUGGAGCAUCUGAUGAGGAGGCUGUUGCCAUUGCAGAAAACAUGCAUGGCUUGAAACACCUUACACUUUUUGGAAAUGAUAUGUCAGAUGAAGGCGUGGAGGCCAUUCUUGAUGGUUGUCCUAGCCUUCAAUCUCUCUACAUAGACGACUGUAUUAGUGUUAGGCUAGUAGGGGAGUUGGGGAAGAGAUGCUCUCAACAGAUUAAGGACCUCAACCACAUUCACAGUCUUGAUUUUGUUGACGAAGACGAUCUUCUUUGGAGUUAUAUGUCUGAUGACUUUAUAGAAAGGUUCCGUGAACAACAGGCUAGGCUACGAUUGUGAUGUAUCCGACCCACUUUUCACAUUAUAUUCUUCAUCUUUGUGUUAACUGAUGAUAUCAUUAGCAAUAUCAAUCUGCAUGGUUGAACCUGAA